AUGAAGUCUGCAGCAAAGGUCUUUUAUCUGGCGGUGUUCGCACUGCUAAGUACCAGCCAUGCCGCAGAUUCCAAAGGCCCGUCCAAAUCAAAAACCCAAAGUCCUGAUGUCUGCGCGAUAUCUCCCAGAGCCAUUGUCUCUGACGCAUGUGCGUCGUACUCCACCCUCGAUGGACUCAACGAAGAGCUGCGCCCUUCGCUCCUCGACCUUACAAACAAUACCGACUUCUUCUCAUACUACCGAUUGAAUCUCUUCGGUAGGGAAUGCCCGUUCUGGAGCGAUGAGAACAGCAUGUGUGGCAAUAUUGCCUGUGCUGUUAAUACGCUAGACAACGAAGAUGAUAUACCGAAAAUAUGGAGGGCGAAAGAGCUGGGCAAACUCGAGGGGCCGAAGGCGGAACACCCCGGGAAAAAGCUACAGCAGGAGAGAUACAAGAAACCAUUACAGGGGGAGUUAGGUGAGGAUGUUGGAGAGACGUGCGUGGUGGAAUACGACGACGAGUGCGACGAGCGGGACUACUGCGUACCGGACGACGAAGGGUCUAGCGGGAAGGGAGACUAUGUCAGUCUAGUUGACAACCCGGAGAGGUUUACCGGGUACGCUGGCGAAGGCACAAAGCAGGUGUGGGAUGCGAUAUACAAGGAAAACUGCUUUUCAAAAUCCUCUUUCCCCAAGUCAGCAUCUCUUGGGAGCUCGCCAUUUACACGACAAGGCCCUGCAGCAAAUGAGUUGCAAUCCGUUAUGCGAGAGCAUGGACGACAGCAAGCUCUCGAGGAACAGCAAAAGCAGGCUCCAGGGACUCCGUUUGUCGCUGAGACUGGCCUUGAAAACGAAGAUGAGUGCCUGGAAAAACGUGUCUUCUACCGAGUCAUCUCCGGUAUGCAUACUUCCAUCACGACUCACAUAUGCUGGGAGUAUUUGAAUCAGACCACGGGAGCCUGGGGACCAAAUCUCGAAUGCUAUAAACAUCGUCUCCAUAAAUUCCCGGAGAGGGUGUCAAAUCUCUACUUCAAUUAUGCUCUAGUCCUACGAGCAGUAACGAAACUGGGACCGUAUUUGAAGGAUUAUACAUUCUGCUCCGGCGACCCCGUCCAGGAUGCUAUCACCAAUUCGAAAGUCCAGGCGUUGACUUCUAAAGCUGCGGAAGUGCCACAGAUAUUUGAUGAAGGUCUUAUGUUUGUAAAUGGCGAAGGUCCCAGUUUGAAGGAAGAUUUCAGGGGCCGGUUUAGGAACGUCAGCCGCAUUAUGGACUGCGUAGGAUGCGAUAAAUGCAGACUCUGGGGAAAAUUGCAAACGGCCGGUUAUGGAGCUGCGUUGAAAGUAUUAUUUGAGUAUAACAGCUCCAAGGAUGUCCCAGUCCUGAAGAGAACCGAAUUGGUUGCUCUCUUUAACACUCUCGGCCGAAUCUCCCAGUCGCUGGAGGCGAUUAAUGAGUUCAGGACCAUGGUUGAAGCUGAGGAGAGUGGCUCUGAAAGCGCGGACAAUCACUAUGUGUUGCCAGACCGUGUUCGAAAGCCACAUCAUGUUAUACCAGGCAAGGAAUGGCCAGGGGACGGCGUUGCAGAUGACUAUGAGAAGUUUGAGCAGGAAGAACGCAAGAAGGCGCAAUCGGAGGAAGAAUCGGUUUCAGAAGCCUUCUGGAACGAACUCGGUCUCGUUUGGAAGAUCACCAAAUACGUCAUCUGGGGCUGGAUUAGGUUCCCUCUGACUGCUUGGGAAAUCUUGGUUCUCGAGGUGGCGAGGGCGUGGGAGUACUACGUGGGAUUGCCGGUCACUCCCAGAAAAUGGGUAAUCGAGCGCCCGAAUUUUGAUGAGCUGUAA